AUGCCGGACGGAGACGGACGACAGCCUCCGGGGGGAUCAGGUCAGGCUGUCCCUCCCCCCGGGGAAGGCGUCGCGGACGGAGGAGGGAGCGAUUCUUUCUUCGUCAACGAUGCACGAGACCGAGUGGGUGCGCGAGCGGCAGGAGGGGAAGAUCAGCGCGACACGAUGCGUGAGCUGGUUGACCUCUUCAAGCAGGCCUUCGCGACAUCAACUCAUGACCAGGGGCACCGUGCCCACUCAGGUUCUUCUAACAACCAGAUCUUAGAACUGAGGCAGAGAGAAAAGAUAAAUGUACCAGUAUGGAGUGAUGAGUACCUGAAGAACACAUCGAUCGAAGUUGCAUUGCGAGUGUUCACGAGUGCUUUUGAAGCGUGGCUGGAGAGUGAGGGACUUGCUGGUGUGAUGAGGAGUUCAGAGGUCCCUGUUGGUGCAGCUGGUGUGGAUUUGAAUUGGUUGAGCAGCACGUUCGGAGAGGAGAGAGUGAAGCAAUCCAGGAAGAUUUGGACGUUUAUGCUAGCUAAGAUCACAGCACAACCCGUACAAGCCCAAAUCUUGGCAUCAGAACCACCUCAAGCAGGGUACCGCGUGUUUCUCGAACAAUACAGCCAGGAAAAGAGUCACGAGCGACAAACUCUUGACGACGCAUGGAACUUAAUAGGCCAGAGGCAAGGAGAGAGUCUUAAGGACUACUACGGUAGGGCAGUUGCGCUGUGGAUGAGACUUCGAUCGUAUGGUGAUAACAGGGAUGAAAAGUCCAUGUGCAAGCACAUAGUCCGGGGAUUUCUCCCAAGGUUUGAUAAAACUAAAGACCGUCUUCUGUUUGAUUCGAUGUUGUCGAGGGCUACAAUGCAGGAGAUGCUGAGGUUGGAAGAGCACGAGCUGAGGUACGAGCGGAGAGCUGGAGAGGGGAAGGAAGAGAUGAGGCACGCCCUCGUCGCUGCCGGCGUGGGCCGGGGUGGCGAGGCGGGGAAACCAGCCGCUGCAGGAUCGGAGCAAGGCGGACAUCGACUCCAGCAGCCACAAAGGUCGGUGCAGCCACAUCAGCAGCAACCAUCGCACUUCUGCCAGCUCCACGGCCCCAACAGCACCCACGAGACCUCCGAAUGUCACAAGUUACGCAACGAAAUCCUCGCCCACUACAACGAGUUCUGCGCGUACAUGAGCGGGAGGCGGGAGGCCCAGGCAUUGGUCUUCCCUCGAGGCGGAGCCCAAGACUCGGGGCGGAUGGUUGGUGACCCAUAUCGACAGCAGCCGUACCAAAACGAGCAAGGUGCGGGCUGGAGUCGGGGCCACUCUCCAGCGCUGCCGGGACCGCCGCGUGGGCAAGGAUCCGGAACUGGAGGACAGCUGCAGGGGCGCAACUCUGGGGGGCGUGGGUACGGUGGAUACGCUUCCUUGGCGGUCUGGGCCUGUGUUGUUCCAGACGCCGCCAUGGGGCACGCCGUGCUUCUGGGUCGUGAUAGCUGGAUGCGCUUCAACUCUCGCACCUUCACCACCCUCCCCCAACCUGGACCGGACGGCCGGGAUAUGGGCGAGCUCACGCUCUCUCCGCGUUUUACAGCUGGCGCUUGCGGUUACGCUACACACGACGACGCUCCUGCCUCCUUGUUUCACCUUAAAUAUGCAGGGAGCUCGGGAAUUUCGUUGGGGCCGGAGCCUGCACUCGUUGAGGUGGACCUCGUUCGUUCUUCUGGCAUGCCUGCGCUGAUUGGAGAGUAUCUGGUAUCGUUCAAACCUGAAGUGGGUGCGCUUUCGUCCCCAGAUGCGUUCGUUUCCAAUGGUCUCCAGGGUAUUCCCCUUGCAGGUUGUGCCGAGCUCGAGCCGGGGGACGUUAUUGGAGUGUCUGCCGCGCCGCUACUACGAGUAUCAGUGGAAAACCUGAAGGCGACACCAUGUUCGAUUCCUACCGGCCCCCCAACAUCUACAUCACCACCUCGGGUCGACGCCGUUGGCCCCAAGUCCGGGACUCACCGCUCUCCGGACCCAGCCUCCGCCCCGCCUCCUCCGAAGCCGCCUCCACAAGAACUACUUGACCGCUUCUCUGAGGCACAGAGCUCCGGGUUCAUGCGCUUGUGGGCUAGGCUGCCCGCACAUAUGCACGACAUCGCUUUCGAUCUACACAAUCCGGGAUGGACACCGGAGGCUAUUGAUCGUUUGGCCGACGCCCUUGUGGAGUAUUCUGACGUGUUCUCUACUUCGAAAACCGAUUUUGGUUCCUGCACCAUCAUGCCAUUCACGCUUUCUUUCCCAGCAGGGACGAAGCCCGUUGCAUCACGCCCGUAUCGUAUCAACCCGUUGAUGCAAAAGAACGUGGAUGCCGUUUUGGACCAGUAUUUGGCGGCAGGGCUCAUUCAACAUUCCACAUCUCCGUGGGCUUCUCCUUUAGUUGCCAUCCCCAAGAAGGACGGAUCUGUUCGCAUCACCGUCAACUACAAACGUCUCAAAGCUCUGGUGGAUUUGGAUGGACAACCUCUCCCUCGAGUGGACGGUAUCUUGGAUUCUCUGUACACCGGGAAAGUGUUCUCCAUCUUCGACCUCAACUCGGCUUUCCACCAGAUCGUUUGUGAUGAAGACACUGUCCCGCUCACCGCCUUUUGCACUCCCACGCAGUUGUUCGAAUGGCUUCGGAUGCCGCAGGGCGCCAACGCAAGUCCGUCUUGGUUCGUCAAGGUCAUCAACAGAGUGGUGCACGGUCUGGAGCGUGUGCUGGCUUAUCUGGACGAUGUCAUCUGUUUCGAUGAGGAACCUCUGGGACACGUGCUAAACUUGAUCGAGUUCUUCAAACGACUGCGACAGUACAACCUCAAACUGUCUGCAGGGAAGGCUCGCGUCGGCGCCACGCACGCCAACUUUCUCGGUCACACCAUCUCUCCGGCAGGUGUUAGCCCUGAUGGCGUCAAGGUUAGGGCGCUCACGCACAUGCCGCCGCCGACGAAUGUUAAGCAGCUUCGGAGCCUUCUCGGUGGACUCAGUUACUACCGGAAAUUCCUCAAGAAUCUCGCCACCAAGGUGCGGCCUCUCAACUCUCUUCUCAAACAAGGCGUCCCCUUCAAGUACACCCCGGGCAUGGUCAUGGUUGUCAAAACGUUGUUAAGCGAACUCGCUCGCCCCCCGAUUUUGGUCUUCCCGGAUUGGGCAGCAAUCGAGGACAACAGCCGUCCUUUUCGUUUGUGUUCCGACGCGUGUAUCGACGGUUUUGGCGCCUCCUUAGAACAAGAACAGCUCAAUGGCUCGGUGAGACCCAUCGUGUACAUCAGCCGCGCUACUCUUCCUGCGGAGCGUAACUGGACCGUUUUGGAUCUGGAGGCUGGUGGCAUUGUUUGGGCCAUCAAACGCCUUCGCGGUUAUCUGUGGUUGACCAAGUUCAUCAUCUAUUCGGACCACAAAGCCUUGGAGAGCAUUGGCAAGGUUGGGGAACACAACGCUAGGGUGCAACGAUGGCUCGAAUUCCUGUCCAACUUCACCUACACCCUGAAAUACCGGAAAGGUUCGGCAAACGGCAACGCGGAUAAUAUUUCGCGAUUGCCUGUACCAGCACAAGACACGGACAAAACCGGCCUCGACUGCAUUGAUGGUGUCGAUCAAGCGGGUGUUUUCCUCAUUUGGGCUUGCGGGCGCAACUAUCACUCGUCGUCUACACCGGAAGUCGGUUUGGGUGGGCUCCGCCCUCCUUGA